AUGGCUGCUGAAUAUAAAAAGAUUUUAUAUGAUAUUCAAAGACAAGAAGGAAAUAAGAAUUGUGUAGAUUGUGGCUCACCUAAUCCACAAUGGGCCUCGGUAUCUUUUGGUAUAUUUAUCUGUUUAGAAUGUUCGGGUGUCCAUCGAUCAUUCGGAGUUCAUGUUAGUUUUGUUCGUUCUAUCACUAUGGACAAAUGGUACGAUGAUCAGAUAAAGAAAAUGCAACUUGGUGGUAAUACUGAAUGGCGAAAUUUUUAUGAAUCUUCAUCAGAUUAUUAUCCAGAGAUGUCAUUAAAAGAUAAAUAUCAUAGCAGUUUUGCUGCACAAUAUCGUGAAAAAUUAACUGCAAAAUGCGAAGGUAAAAAAUGGACGCCCUCACCAACUUCUGCUCGAAUAUCAAGUCGUCCAUCAUCAGCCAAUAGUAAUCGUUCAAAUUCAUCAACUCAAUCAUCAAAAUUUUCCUCUGCCAUUAAUGCUACAACAAAUGAAAAUAAUAAAAAAUCAUCGCCAACCACAUCAUCGUCAUCACCAUAUUUUGAAACUUUGGGACGUACAAACGAAACUCGGUCCGAGUAUCUACCACCUAAUCAAGGCGGUAAAUAUACUGGAUUCGGUAACCCUGCAUUUGCAAAUGAACAAUCCAACCCAUCAUCUUCAACUGUGCCAGAUUUAAAUGAUUUGAUGAAUGAUCCUGUCGGUGUAUUCGCCAAAGGUCUUAAUUUUUUGGGGCAAUCAAUGGUCGAGGGUGCUAAAUUGGCCGCACAAGGUGCCGAAACUUUGGGUCAAACAGUUAACGAACGUGUGAUAAAACCCACCACUGAAAAAGUUAGAGAUCCUGAAUUUACGCAACAAAUAUCUGGCUAUGUGUCAGGAAUUAGUAAAACAGUAUCAGAAACUGCUUCGCGUGGAAUGUCAACAAUCUCUAAUAUUUCUGCUACGAAUUCUUCAUCUGCCAGAUCAAAUUAUCCGACGCUAAGUUCCGACUUCAAUCAAUCAUAUCAAAAUAAUGGUGAUUAUGGUAAUAAUGAUGAUUUCUUCACCGAAACAAUUAAUCAUUAUCAGCAAAGAAAUUCUAAUAGUAGAAGUAAUUCUCCAAAAACUGUCAUUAAUGAUGCCAAGAAAGAUGGUAAAUGGGAUGAUGAAUGGAACAGUUGGUAG